AUGUCGUCUGCCUCGCAGGUGGGCGCCGCCCAAGCCCCCUCGGGUGUCACUCCGGACUUUGAUAACCCGGCGGACGUACUCCGAACGGUGAACUAUGUCACCCAGGCGCUAAGCUUAGUGUUCGUGACGGUGUUCAUUUGUCUUAAGACCUAUGCCAAGUCUAGCGUCCUCCGCGGGACAUGGAAUCUUGAAGACUACAUUACUUAUUUCUCAUAUGUUCUCUUUAUUGGCUACUGUGUUGACAGCAUCUUUGCUUCCCAAUAUGGCGGCGGCAUUAAUCAAUGGGAGGUUACUCUGGAUCAGAUCCCCUCUUUCUUGAAGACCGGAUAUGCGGCGACCAUUUUCUAUGCCCCGAUGGCUUUAAGCGUCAAGAUGGCACUGCUCCUAAUCAUCGCCAGGGUCUUCGGGUCGGUGCACAAGAAGACAAUCAUGGGUAUCUACAUCUUCAUGGGCCUGCUAGGAGGCUACUACUUCUCCGCCCUCGUCGUCAAGAUCCGGAUCUGCUGGCCGAUCCACGCCUACUGGGAGGGGGACAUGAGCAAGUGCCUGGACCAGCGGGCCAUUAUCAUUGCCGACGCUAUCGUCAGCGCCGUCAGCGACCUGGUCAUCCUGCUGCUGCCUACACCCCUCACGUGGUCGCUUCAGCUGCCGCUGAGGAAGAAGCUGCGCGUGGCUGGCAUCUUGUGCGCAGGUGGCAUUGCGACCGCCUUCUCCAUAUACCGGCUCGGGAUGAUCAUCGACGAGGGCAACUCGAUCAACCAGACGGUCGUGUUUAUUAAGGUCAUUCUAUCUGGAAACGCAGAAAUAGGACUAGGAUUGAUUUGCGCUUGCCUCCCAGCAGUCACAGCACUCUACACGCGCCGCAAGGGGGGCAGUGGGUACCAAUCGGGAUAUCACUCAGGAGCCUACGGCAACAGGUCCAAGGGCUACCCGGACUCUUCCGCCGCCGGCAUGUCCAAGAAUAAGAUCUACGUCAACCACUCGAUCCACAUAGGGACAGUCCCACGAGGCGAGGACGAAGAAGCGAGGGCAGGGUCGGCGGAUCAGUGGAGCAGAAGCCAGGACCAGAUCGAGCUGGUCACCAAUGCACAAGGGAUAUCGGAGUCGAAAUGGACGUGA